GAUGCAUUAGAAAUGUCAAGUACCAAAUUAAAUUUGUCGGGACGAUUUCGUGUUGAAUCUUGUUAAUUUAUCUAUCUUUUAUUCGUAUUUGUACCAAAAAAGUGAUAAUUUAUAUGUUAAAUGUAGUUCUUGCAAGAAAAAAUUACAAGUGAUUUGUCAAAAGUGCCAAAUUAAUGUUUUGGAUUUAGUCAUAUUAUGAAUCAGUUGGAUCAAAAUAUAAACAAAGAUAUGAUUGAUUCUGAUCUAAUUGACGUGGAAUCACUUGAAUUUUCGGAUGAUCAGACUUGGUUGUACACAACUCCAAAUGACUCUGGGCAUAAAGUAGAUGUGGUGGAAUAUAACUUAGCUUGUGAUUGGCCGAUCAAUGAAGACGAGGAGUAUCUUAAAACGGAGAAGGAGCUGUACACCUUGCUCGAUAGUCUGCUCAAAGAUGAAGUCGCGCUACCGGAUCGACACAAGUUCGACUCUCGCACCUACGUCAAACCGAAGCGACGGGUGCAGAGACCCUCCAUUCAGAGCAUCGUGGAAGUCUCUUCGAACCCCCCAUCACUGUCGCCGAACCCCCUCAGCCAGGGGAACAGAUACCUCACAUACAACAAGUACAACAACCCCCUGGCUGUCAGCCCCAUGCUGCGUCUGAAGACAUUCAAUGUAGACACCAACACGGACAACAGUAAUGCAAUCAAGGAGUACGCGAGCAAGCGACGAAGCAUAGCACCUGAUGAUGAUCCGCAGCUGGAAGACAUGGAGGUGACGUUGGUGUCGGCGGACAACUCGGCGCGGCUGUCGGCGGAGCACACGUUCAAGCCCAUCAACAUCGACCUGUCGCAGCCCGCGCAUAACCUGCACCACACCUUCAACAAGGGUAUGAUGAACAUGAUGCACGAGAGCGGCAGCCUCAACAUGUACCAAAGCGGCGAGUCGCUGAUGCGCAUGUCGCCCCCCAGCCUCGUCUCCUCGCUCGUCAUGGAACACUCGGGCAACUUCAACGCCGAGUCCAUGGAGAGCCGGAAGUCCUUACACUCACAUAAGGAUUCAGGGUUGCCAGCAUCUGGUCGUGAAAGUAUGGAUCCCAACAUGAUGACCAGUAUGACGCUCAGCAUUCUCGACGAGAAGGACAUGAGUACGAGCUUCCUCUCACAGACGACGUACCCAGACAACGACAGUCUGAUGGAUUCCCUCCCACCAAGCCUAGUUAGCUCAGUCAACUCCUCCUACAUCGUCUCCAGCCACUCCAAACUAAAACCCGAACAGCCCGAAACGAACAUAUUCAGCUCAACUACCUUCACACAUUUGGAGCAAUCGGAAAAACUUCUGUCCGCUCGCCCCAGAUGCCAACUAUUCAACAGCUUCAAAAGGGAUUCGUUAAAGAACUCGGAGAGCUACAUCAAGUCGAAGGAGGAGCCGUGCCAAACAGACGUCAAAGUAUUAAACGAGAACUGUGAUAGCAAUUUAGCACAGCAGAGCAAGUUGACACCGAAGGCUAAACUCAAUGGAGACAUGAGCGAAACGGUCACCCUGCAUUACUCCAACAACAAAUAUAAAUUGGAUAAUGAUGCCGAAAAGGAGAAUUUGAAUGCCACAUUCGAAGCCGACGAUGCGUUUUACAAGGACAUGGGUGUACAGAAAGGAGUGGAUCCGGGCAAAAAUAGUCUAAACAUUACACUAGAUAAGCAAGAACUGAAUGAGAUUAUACAGGCGAGACAGAAGUUGUCCCUAGCGAGGAAGGCUUUACCCAACGAACCGCCCCCCAAUCAGGAUGCUCAGGUGAAAACCAUCCAGCUACCGAACCAAACCAUAACAGUACCCAGAAAAACGAUGGAGAACGUAUCCGAAUUGCUAUCGAGAAGAAGAGCUGUGAACUACGAGAGAAAUGAGGAGAAAGUAAGAGAGACGCCGAAGAGAAAUGCCACGUUCAAAAAGGUAUCGCCGAAAUCUAACGCGAUGGACGCAACAGUAGUGUACAUGAAACCGGAUGAAAAUAACAUCAUAGACAUUAAUUCAGCUACACUCAACCUCAUAGAUUCUGCGGAAAAAGUUACACAUGAUGAGUGGGGUCUACAGGAGCGUGCCAUGGUGGGGUCGAGCGAGAGCACGGACACGGCGACGUUCAGCUCCAGCAGUCCACCAGACAGCGUGCCGGAACCUAACAUCGACCCACGUAAUCAAAUCGCGUCGACGCCGCUCAUCCUGAAAGCCGGUGCCAAAGCCAACCUUUUAGAUCUACACAACACCAUAUCACCGAUCUACGACAUGGACGAUAAAUCGUACGUUCUAACCAAAGCGGCCAGCGUCGACUCGGAAAUGGAAAGAACGUACGAUAUGAACACUACGGUGAUAAACAGUGCGACUAUCAGGAAAUCGUCGGCCAAACGAGAUAUAUUGGCUGGUAGGAGUAGCCCCGAAAAGAAACCGGUACAGACCAUAAAGUCUCCAACUCGGGCUUACCCUGGUCAUGCAGGAACAAUCAGUGCAAUGCCACCGCCAAAUGCCGUGCCAAGGAGGACUGGCUUACCGACCUCCAAGUUGAGACAGUAUAGUUCACAUAAAGAGCUCAAUAGGAUACCUGCGCCCGUAUCGAGUGCGUCGCGCACGCUGGUCGGGCGGCCGAUGGUGCGGCGCGGCGUGUACGCGUCCAACCCCGCGCUCAGCCCCACCGCGCCCGAGCGGCCCGUCUCGCAGCUGCUGCAGCCGCAGCGCCGGGACUCCUACACCGUCGCCGCGCAUAAGGAACCGGAAGCUCCGAAGCCAGUGCCGCCGCUCGUGCGGCAGGGCACGGAGACUCUCCGGCGAGAGCGGACCUCCACCAACCCUCCCUCGAGAGACCAUCGUGCGAGUGGCGCGGGCUACGGGUUGGCGUCGCAGCGGUCACAUCUGUCUAUUCCGUCGGCGACGCGGCCGUACUCCAUAGCGGGGACGUCACAGCUACGAAUAUCCCGGCCCAGCUCCGCCGCGCCCGUGCAACGUCCGCCACCAGUACAAACGGAGCAGCCGCGGCCGAGCACAGAGCGCAUGUCCGCGCUGCCCCGCCCCUCGCGCCUGCCCGCGCCGCGCCGCGCGCUCAGACCACCAUCCGUGUACUCGGUUGCGCCGACGGCGGAUGUUGAUCAUUACUGACCCAACGCCUGCUGUGCCAAGCUGUUUGGCAUAUAGCGACAAAAUCCACAGUGAAACGACUGACGACCGCCGAACAAAAUUCUAUCAAUUCCAUAUAUUUUUUAAUCUAAUACUCUACGUACCUUUUGAGAUUGUUUACGAGUAUUAUGGGCAGCGGGUGCGGGUAAGACUGUUUGCGUCUAGAAUAAAAUGUUUUGUGGCCGUUGAUAGAUGGCGUUUGCGACUCGCGAAUUUUUUGGGCGGUGAUAAGUGAAUUUGCUUUUGAAUGAGAAAACAUAGGUGGUGCUCGUUCAAUCGAAUGCGAAUUUAACGUUUAAAACUCGAACCACAGCCCUUUUCCGAACUACGAUUGUAAAUUUUUGUACUGUUAUUUUAUAUUAAGAUUAUUUUUAAACGCCCACUCGACGGGUUUUUGGACCAGUGUAUAUUUAUUAUCAUUUUAUGUUUGAAAGUUUUUUGUUAUGUAAAUUCACACACGUAUACGUCAAAAUAAUGUAAACGCAUAGAUAUCGAAGGCAACGCUGACGAAGUAUUUGUAUUUGGAAACAUUUUACAAGACAUUUUAUAGUCGCCUUUUAAUAAUAAUAUAUAGUAUUAAUUGUAUAAUAUGAACCUAGCAUUUGUUAUAGAAAAAUAUUUAAUAAAUAAAAUAGUCUCGCUUUUUAAGUCCUAUUUUGAUA